CGACACAUACUAAAUAACCACAUAAAGAUCAGUCAGUAGGGCACCAGUAGCACUGUGAACCAGGGCAUCAUCGGUUAAAGAUAUAGAGAUAGGUCUCAUGUUGUCUCUUAGUCUGAGGAUAUAUUCUUCAUCAUGAAUGACAUCUACCUUCCAGUGAACCUGAAAUGCAGUCUGGCCUUCACUCUGUUAUUAGCAGUUUCUGUAGCCUUAGCCAACAUUAGGCUCAUGAAUGGGACUCAUCGGUGUGCUGGAAGAGUUGAAGUUCUUCACGAUGGUCAGUGGGGUACCAUUUGUGGAAGUCAUGCCUGGAAGGGCAAGAAUCCUGAAGUGGUCUGCAAAGAGCUUGGCUGUGGGAGAGUUCUUUCGACACGAAGUUAUCAGACCAGAGAGGUAUCUCAGCAUGUUUGGCUUGACCAGGUUGAAUGUGAUGGAAAGGAGUCAACACUGAAGAACUGCGGCCACGGGCCUUGGGGGUUCCAUAAUGCUCGCUGUGAACACAGCAAUGCAAGGGUUCUCUGCUCAGACACCCCCGAUUCAGCUAAGGCAGUGAGGCUGGUGAACGGGUCUGAUGGCUGUGCUGGCCAAGUGGAGGUUUAUCACGAGGGACAGUGGGGCGCCGUGUGUGAUCAUAACUGGAAUAUCACCGAUGCUGAAGUGGUUUGCCGAGAGCUGGGCUGUGGCUAUGCCCUCGAAGCAUCCAAAUCUGCACGGUUCGGACGGGGAUCAGGGAAGAUCUGGUUAGAUGAGGUGAAGUGCAAUGGAGUGGAGCCAACACUGAAGAACUGUAGUCAUAGGGGUUGGGGAGCUCAUGACUGUUCACAUGCUGAAGAUGCUGGGGUGGUCUGCUCAGCUGUGAGGCUGGCGAACGGGCCCCACCGGUGUGCAGGCAGAGUGGAGGUUUUCCACAAUGGAGAGUGGGGAACAGUGUGCCAUGACUUCUGGAACAUGACUGAUGCUGCAGUGGUCUGUAAAGAGUUGGGCUGUGGGGAAGCCAUUGAAGCGCCACAUUCCGCUCAUUUUGGGAAGGGAUCAGGGAGGAUUUGGCUGGAUGAUGUGUUAUGCACUGGGAAGGAGUCCUCACUGAUGAGCUGUGGUCAUUUACCUCUGGGGACCCAUAACUGUGGUCAUCACCGGGAUGCAGGGGUUAUUUGUACAGAGUGGAUCACUACGAUGAUAGAAUGCAAGGAUCUGAAGUGUAAACUCCAGUUUCUGCGUGAACUGCAGGAGAAAUCAUAUGUGUCCACAGUGCUUCCAGAGCAGGUAGUGUCAGAGGCACUGGAUAAUUUACUGAAUACUAACCAACGGAAUCUGACAUUACAUGGGGGUGCUGUGCUUCAAUCUGCCGAGUGGCUGGCGUCUACACUGGUGCAACCGAGUCUCACCAACAAGACCAUUACCACAAGUGCCACAGAGUUACAAAUUGUGAGCAUUGGACCAAAUGCCUCUCUAACAGGACCCUCUCAACUGAGGACUUCUGAUGCUCUUCUAGACAUUGACCUCCUUGGAAUCGCCCAGAAUAACGACGGUUCUGCAUCUGUGGUGCUGAUGUCCUACAACAAUAUGCAGGAUGUCCUUAAGGCCAGCCUCUUCAAAACAGAAAAUGAUACAGUUAAGACCAUGUUGUCCAAAGUAGUAUCCAUCAUCUUACCGAGAACUCAGGACAAGACACUAACUGAUGGAGUGAACAUCACCUUCCAACACGUCAAUCCCUCAGGUCCAAUGGGGGAGGUGUCCUGCGUGUACUGGAAUGUCAGUUCUUGGAUAGAGGACGGAUGCCAAGUCAGCCAAACCAACACCGGAUUCACUGUGUGCACCUGUGUCCACCUGUCCACCUUUGCUUUGAUCAUGCAAACAGAGAAUAAUUACCAUAUUACAUUUAAGGGAGAUCCAAUCUUGGAGGCGCUGAAUACCGUCUUGGUGUCCAUCGGGUUGCUGUUCCUGAUCGUGGCUGUGUUGACCUUUGCGCUCUGCCAUUUUAACCCCAGAGUGACCAACGCAGCUCGUCUGAACCUCUGCAUCUGCCUGCUGCUAGCUCAUUUCCUGUUCCUGCGCACCCAGAACUACCUGCAUCUUAUCCAGCCCAACCAGGUGCUGUGUAAGGUGCUCUCAGGGGUCCUGCACUUCCUCUUCCUGUGCUGCUUUGUGUGGAUGUCCAUGGAGGCCCUGCUGCUCUUCCUGUCCGUCAGGAAGCUCAGACAGGUCAAACCCAAUGAUCGGGCGGGGCCACACUGGAGGUACAAGCUCCUGAUUGGCUAUGGAAUUCCACUGGUCAUUGUGGCCGUGUCUGCCGGGGUGAUGCCAGAUGGAUACGGAAGUCAGCAGUGCUGGCUCCUGACAGAUGAUGGGUUCAUAUGGAGUUUCCUUGGUCCUGUUUGCGUCAUUAUUACGGGCAACAUCAUACUCUUCGUUGUCAUCACGGUCACUCUCCACUCCACUCUAAAAGAGGCACGCAGUGAUGUGUCUAAGGUGAAAUACACCAGAGUCCUGCUGUUCAAAGUCAUGGCUCAGUUUGUGAUCCUCGGUUGCCCCUGGAUACUUGGCCUGUUCACAGCCAGCAGCAAAGUCUUGGAAGUUCUCUUCAUAAUUCUCACCUCGCAACAAGGGACUUUCAUCUUUCUUGUCCACUGUCUCCUCAAUGAAGAGGUGCGGCGUCAGUACAAGCUUUGGUGGCAGAAAGUGAGUCCAUCUAAGGAGCCUGGGCGGACCACCACUACCACCUUGGUAUUAAACGAGUAUGAGAGUGCCAGCGGGAGUACAACAUGUGGAACGUCAGGCCCACAAAAGAAAAGCUGUAGUAAAACUUAAAUUAAUAGCCAGUUAAUAGCAACCAACAACAAACUCCAGGGUUCUAUAAUCAACCAUAUGAAAUUCAGUAUAUGCCUGCCAGUCAUUUUGCAAUAUAGAAAGGAGCAAUAAGACUCACAUUUUGCUUUCUUGCACAUGUAAGAUACAUUUAAAAGGCUACAUAUAAAAACUGUCAAAUGGAAGAUAACAAGCAGUGUUAGAUGCAAUGAUGAAAAGCAACUGUCAGAUAGAAAUGUACCAGACAGUCAGCAGAUCAAUGCACUGGGUCAAAGGCAGUUAGACAGUUGAAAUGUGGAAACCACCUAGGUCGCAAGAAAAUAUGAUGACAGCAGAAAAGUAAAAUACAGAAGUUCUGUUAAACGGACAAAGUC